GAAAUGUUCAACUUCAGCAAAAACAAGAAACAGUUAAUCCUAUUACUGUUAGUCCGUAUCAACAAUCACCAAGUAUCCAACAACCACAACAAAAUAUUACUGCUAUGCCCGUCCCCCUAAAGGAUAACCCUAUUGGAAAUGAUCAAUUUCAAAAACAACAAAUCGUUAUGCCAGUCCCCCAAAAGGAUAUCCCCGUUGUAGAUGAUCAAUUUAAAAAACAACAAAAUGUUAAUCCUAUUCCCGUUCCCCAAAAGGAUAUCCCCGUUGUAAAUGAUCAAUUUAAAAAACAACAAAACGUUAAUACUAUUCCUGGUGGACAGUAUCAACAACCAAGCGUUAAUGCUAUUCCUGCUGAUGUCGUGAAUAAUGGUCAAUAUCAACAACCACAAGUCGUUAAUAAUGGUCAAUAUCAACAACCACAAGCCGUUAAUAGUGGUCAAUAUCAACAACCACAACUCGUUAAUGGUGGUCAAUAUCAACAACAAAUAAUUCAGCAUCAGCAAAAAACCGUAAUAACUAAUGUUAACCCUCCAGCUUAUAAUAAUGGUAUUCAACAACCGCAACAAUAUAAUCAAAUGGGUAAUCAAAUGACUGGAAAUUUUGGUAAUGGAAAUCAAGGCAUGGUGCCUAAUAAAAUGGGUAAUGGUGGUCAAAUGACUGGAAAUUUUGGUAAUGGAAAUCAAGGCAUGAUGCCUAAUCAAAUGGGUAAUGGUGGUCAAAUGACUGGAAAUUUUGCUAAUGGAAAUCAAGGCAUGAUGCCUAAUCAGCCAGGUUAUCCUAAUAAACAGGAAAAAUUUCAUGUGGGUCAUACAAAUGCUUUAAACGUUCAUUUCGUGGAAAAACUUCCUGUAAUGGAUAAAAUUACAAAAAAAUCUCAAAAAGGUAUUAACUCAUUUAUGAAUAUUCUUAGCAAAGCUAGUAAAAUGAAAAUUGGUAAUACUGGAAACAAUGGUAUGGGAAUGGGAAACAAUAAUAUGGGAAUGGGAAACAACCACAUGGGAAUGGGAAUGGGAAACAACCGUAUGGGAAUGGGAAACAAUGUUGUGGGAAUGGGAAACAAUAAUAUGGGAAUGGGAAACAAUAAUAUGGGAAUGGGAAACAAUAAUAUGGGAAUGGGAAACAACCACAUGGGAAUGGGAAACAACCGUAUGGGAAUGGGAAACAAUGUUGUGGGAGUGGGAAACAACAGUAGAGGAAUAGGAAACAACAAUAUGGGAAUGGGAAAUAAUGGAAUGGGAAAUAACGGUAUGAGAAUGGGAAACAACAAUAUGGGAAUGGGAAAUAAUGGUAUAGGAAUGGGAAAUAAUGGUAUGGGAAUGGGAAACAACAAUAUAGGAAUGGGAAAUAACAAUAUGGGAAUGGGAAACAACAAUAUGGGAAUGGGAAACAACAAUAUAGGAAUGGGAAACAACAAUAUGGGAAUGGGAAACAACAAUAUGGGAAUGGGAAAUAACGGUAUGGGGAUGGGAAACAACAAUAUGGGAAUGGGAAAUAACGUUAUGGGGAUGGGAAACAACAAUAUGGGAAUGGGAAAUAACGGUAUGGGGAUGGGAAAUAACAAGAUGGGAAAUAACGGUAUAGCAAUGGGGAACAACAAUAUGGGGAUGGGAAAUAACGGUAUGGCAAUGGGAAACAACAAUAUGGGGAUGGGAAAUAACGGUAUGGCAAUGGGAAACAACAAUAUGGGGAUGGGAAAUAACGGUAUGGCAAUGGGAAACAACAAUAUGGGGACGGGAAAUAACGAUAUGGCAAUAGAAAACAACGUCCAUAUUAAAACGGAAAACAAUGAUAUUUGUUCUAACUCACAUAAUGAGAAUUCUCAACAAAGUCAUCAUGGAAAUUCUCACCAAAGUAAUCAUGAAACUUCGCACCAAAAUAAUCACGAAACUUCACACCAAAAUAAUCAUGAAAGUUCUCAUCAUGAUAGUCAGGAUCGAGUUAAUGAAAAUUCACAGAAUACGAUAAAUGCUCAAAGUGAGAUAGGUGGAUACAAUGAUCAUAAUCAAAAUAGUGAUUACAGUGCCAAUCAGGAUAGUGGUUACUGUGCCAACCAAAAUCAAGACGGCUACCAACCCGACCAAAAUGGUGGCCAUCAAGGUGGUUAUCAACACAACCAAGAUGGUGGCUUUCAAGGCGGUGAUAAUCAAGGUGGUUAUCAACACAACCAAGAUGGUGGCUAUCAAGGUGGUGAUUGCUAUCAAAACAGCGAUGUUCUAAGUAACUAUAAUCAAGACGGAGGUGCGUAUGACAUGAGCUCUUUAAACAACGCUUUGGAUAGUUGUGGUUAUGAUAAUUAUAGUGGUGGAAACCAUGGUGGUGGGGACUUUGGUGGUGGAAACUUUGGUGGUGGUGACUUUGGUGGUGGACACUUUGGUGGUGGUGACUUUGGUGGCGGUGACUUUGGUGGUGGAAACUUUGGUGGUGACUUUGGUGGUGGAGACUUUGGUGGUUGUGACUUUGGUGGUGGAGACUUUGGUGGUGGAGACUUUGGUGGUGGAGACUUUGGUG